UGUUGUCAGUUGAAAUUUUAAAGAACUCUUACUUUGAUGAUUUUGGUAUUUGCUUAUCUCUUUGACUGCAAACACAUUGAUUAGUUUUGCAACCAUUUUUAGUUAAAUUUAACAGGUUCCCUUCAUGGUUCAGGAUUCUAAUGCAGUCAAAUCAUUUUUAUAAAAAACUCCAAAUCUAAGCAAUGUAUAAAAGAGAAUACUGAAAUAAAACCUUACAUUAAAAUGUCAUUGUAUUCAACACAUGGGAUUGGUAUUAAACAAUGUCUAGGCAAUGAGAUUUUUCAGAUAUUUGGCAAACUGAGAUUGAAUGGCUCCUGUUGUUGUUUGUGGUGAUCACUUUGUGUGUGGGAAAUUAAGUUUAUUUUUAAUAUAUUUAACAUUUUAAUAGUAUUUAUGUCUUACAGAUUUUCUGAGGAAGUUAAUUCCUGUGACAGCUGGGAGGGGGUGGUGUUUUAUAUUCGUCAUUUCAUUCUUUAGAUUUAAAUGACAGAAGAUGUUACCAAAAUUUGUGCGAAGGGGUGUGGUACCUAGUUUUGAGUCACUCAGUCACUUAGACUUCAACUUCAUUGCUAUUUCUCCUGUCUUAAAAGAAUUCUUUCUUUUCUUCAUUAUGCCUUUCACUAAUGACAGGUACGAUAGAAAUUUUGAACGUCUUUGCUGCUUCAACAAUUUACUGCAGGGCCUGUUUUCAUGUUCUGUGGACACGUGCUUGAUGGAGAAGUACCAGAUAGAUCAGCCUCUCAUUGUACCAUAAAAGAAAAUAUGUGAUGUGCAUAAAGAGUACAUGGGUAGACUUAAUGCUUCUAUGUCCUGAUUGUUGCUUCUACUCUAUUUCCCAUAUUUGUAACAGUUUUUACAUGUAAUUUAUUAUCAGUACUGUCUUUUAUUUUAGAUUGAAAUGAAUGAACUGUGUGUAAAAGUGAGUGUGUUUUGCUUUGGGGUGAACUUUUCUUAAGCCACCUUAAUGCAACUAUUAGUAAUGUUGUGAAUAUAUCUUGAGUAGUUUUCUGUUUAACCAAUUAGUCAAGUCUUCUUGAAAAAAGAGCCAGGUUCUCUUGAGUGUAAUAGAUCAAAGAAAUAAGAACUACAUGGUCAUUUUCAAGGAUGUUUUCAUGGAAGUGGUGUAGUCACACCACUUCUUUAUUUUUGUGGUGUUAUCACACCACUUCUUUCUUUUUUGAAGACUUUGUUUUGUAUUACCUGAUAGCUGACAUUACCAUUAAUCAUGAUCCAAGUUCUCUAAAAUAACAUGGCAGACUUAAUUACAAACAAGUUGGCUAAAAAUCCCAUUAUUUGUGCUUUGGUUGACUUUUCAACUCGUUGUCUUUUGAUUGUGAAUGUGAAAUGGGAAUUGGCUAGUGAAUAGUAAGAUCUUCUAGAGUAAAAAUCUGUCUAGCAUAAAGCUCAUCACUGAAUCAGCCUCUUGGGUAGCAAAAAUGAAGAUCAAGUUAUACUUCCUAUGUAUAGAAAAUUUUACCACAGAAAGGUUCAGAUAGAGUUUGAGUUGUCAGCUAGUUGCAGGGAGGGAGAAAAAAACAUUUCACUCAUUUGUUUAAUUCCAAAACCAAGACUGCAGAUAAAAAAAACGAAAUUACAAAAUCCAAACAGCCUUUUCAGUUACCAGCUUACACAGUCACUUUCAAACUAGGAUCAUAGGCUUUGGUUUUUAAAAAUUUUUCUCCAGUAUUCUUGUGGCAAUAGUAAUGCUCUUGUAUAAAUUAGUAAUUUUAGUAUGUCUGUAUCUAGGGUGUUUUUGCUUGCUAUGUGCAAAAUAAGGUGGGAAUUUUGUCCUUGGUUGGUUUUCUGGGUUUUUUUCCCCUUUUUUGAUUUCCUCUAAACUGGACUUGAAAUAAUUAAACUUAGACUUGGGGAGUAUUGUAGGGAGAAAAAUGUGAUGGUCUAGAGCUUUAAGUAUAUACUGGAGCAAUAUUAAUUGCUCCAGUUUUUCUUCUCCUAUCACCUUCUCUUUUGCUUAGUUGUGUUCUCAGGGUUUGUGAAUGUGUUUGGUAAGCAUUGUUCUUGGAAGCAGUACCUCUGUCGCAAGCAUGCAGUAAUGAGAGUUACUGGGAAGAAUUCCAUUAACUUUUCUGUAUCUUAUAAAGUUAUCCCUGCUAAAGAAAGUUCCUGGUUUAUUAUGGAACAGUGAAAUGUCCCAGCAUCCCCAUCCACCUUGUAUUGGAAUAUGUAAAAACAAAAUAGAUGUGGAUGUUAGCCUGGAGUUGAAAGGCAUGGUGAUUUUCUUCCUAGUCACUUCAUGAAAGGUAAAUGCAUUCUGAUAACUUUUAUAUAGGCCUUGUAUUGACCUAGUUUUUAAUCUUGAUUGACUGACCUGAUCUCCUUCAGUGACAAGGUGACCCGCUUAGUGAAUGAGGGAAGGGCUUAUCUUGUUUGUAUGAACUUUAGUAGAGCCUUUGGCAGCAUUUCCCACAGUAUUCUGUAGAAACUGGCUGCUUAGGGCUUGGACAGGUGCACUCUGCGGGGUAAAAAGCUCUCUGGAUGGCCAAGCCUAGAGACUGGUGGGAAAUGGAAUUAAAUCCAGCUGGCCAUUGGUCACAGGUGGUAUUCCCAAGGGCUCAGUACUGGGGCUGGUUCUAUUAAAUGUUUUUAUCAACAUUUAUCAACUGUAUUAGGGGAUCAAGUGCUUCAGUCAGCCUGCAGAUGACACCAAAUUGGAUGGGAGUGUUUAUCUGGAGGGCAGGAAGGCUCUACAGGGUUACCUGGACAGGAUGGAUUGGUAGGCUGAGGCCAGUGAUAUGAAACUGAACAAGGUGCAGUGCCAUGUCCUGCUCUUGGAUCAGAACAACCCCGUGCAGUGCUACAGGCUGGGGGUAAAGUGGUUGGAAAACUUCUCCAGCAGAAAAGGACCUGGGGAUGCUGGUCAACAACAACUGAACAUGAGCCAAAAAAUGUGCCCAGGUGGCCAAGAAGGCCAAUGGUGUACUGGCCUGUAUCAGGAAUAGUGUGAUGAGUGGGACUAGGGCAGUGAUUGUCCCCCUAUGCUCGUCACUGGUGAGGCCACAACUUGAGUUCUGUGUUCAGUUCUGGGCCCCUCAUGAUGGGAAGGACAUUGAGGUGCUGGAACAAGUCCAGAGAAGGCAAAAGGAGCUGGUGAAAGGGUCUGGAGUGCAAAUCAUAUGAAGAGUUGCAGAGGGAGCUGAGGUUGUUUAGUCUGGAGAAAAGGAGGCUUGGGUAGACUGUCUCACUCUCCACCUGAGAGGCGGCUGAACCCAGGUGAAGGACAGUCUCUUCUCCCAGGAAGCAAAUGAUAUAAGAAGAGGAAGUGGCCACAACCUAUGCCAGGUGAGAGUUAGACUGGAUAUUUGGAAACAUUUCUGUGCUGAAAUAGUGGUCAGGCAUCAAACCAGGCUGUCCAGGGCAGUGUUGAAACCCUGAAGGUGUUUAAAUGAUGUGUAUAUGUGGCAUUAAGGGACAUGGUUUAGUGAUGUGCUUGGCUGAAUCCAUAGUUUAUAGUGCCAGCAAUUAUAGUUAAGUGAGUGAGUGCUACUGACCAACCAGCCAAGCUCACCAGCAUAGACAGGCGUGUGUCUGUUAAGGGGUAGAUGGGAGGAACUGGCGGUUGGGGUGACCGAGUGAGUCUGGAUGACUGCCAGGGACACAGCAGAAUCUGGAAUUCUCCAUCGUGAAAAUGAUGGUGAAGGUGUUGUUUUAAUUUAUUUUGUUCUGUUUCAGAGCAGUCCGGGUUUUUUAUGUGCUCAGUUAUUAAGAUACAGCUACUGCUUUAUUGAAGGUAGGGUACUGGUGCCAUCUAGUGGUGUUAGGACAUUCCCAGGAAUGAGAAAAACUACUUGUGAGGAGUCCCGCUGAGAUGUGAAAAAUUGCUGGCAUGAUACUAAAAAAAGUACAUGGAUAUAUCAUCUGCGUUAGCAUGUAGUCAUUCUCUUAAAUUAAGUCAUAAAAAUCUGCACAUGUACUCAUAACUAAGUUUGCUACAGCAAAUUUAAAUCUUUAAUCUAUUUCUGCUCAACAGAAAGGUUUGUUUCUGGUAGUUACUUUUAUGAAAUGGUGCCUUUCAAACACAACAUAAAAGAGUUUUAUUGGAGCUUACGAGAUUUUAAAAUUCAUUUUAAAAGAAAAUAUCUUCUGUUAUGCCAUUUUGCUAAACUUAGCACAAACUUCUCACUGCUAAUGUUUAAAGUCACUGUGCUCUUUUAUAAGUCGCUUAUAUAUUGUUUAAAAGUAAAAGUUCAACAACAUACAUCUGACAACGGUUGAAAUAAAAAACUUUGGUAUCUGAAGCAAAAGUAACCACAGUACUGUUUUCUUUGUCUGUCUGUUGAAAUCGUGUCCUGCAUCUUAAAUUGCUUACCUGAGGUAAUAUCCUCAUAAUUCUUCAGAAUACUACUGGCUGUAUUGACAUCUCCAGCAAUGGAAGUCGGACUAUGACUGUUUCUCCAGUUCUCUUGAAGUAAAUGUCUGACUGAUAAGUAUCUUGUCCUACAACGGAAAAACUCUGUAAAAGAGAAAGGUGCUUUAUUUUAAGCUGGUGAGGCUUUUUAAUUAAUUUCAUUUAGCUGUCACUCUUCAUCAGUUGCAGGUCACCAUAAUAUUAAAAUAAGUUACUUUUAAAUAAAUUUCCUUACGGAACAGAGGUCUGUUUGUUCGGUCAUUAACAACUUCUAUCUUUCUAUUGCAACUGAUUAGAAUAACAGACUAUUUUUGUUUUAAUCCAUGUAGUUGAAAAAGACAAAUUCUGUACUUGUAUCUCUUCAUAAUCUCUGACCUCAUGACCAUACAUUUUGCUUGCAUUGUGAUGGAAGGGUGAAUUAGACUUAGUGCUAAUAACUAAUUGCAUUAGUUCUCUCAUUAUAUGGUUGUGCUCACAAUAUCAGGAGCCAUUUUUUAAUUCUGUUUUUCCAGGCCUGUUCAGCUAGUACAGUUUGUGGAAUAGAAACAGCUAUUAAAAUUGAACACAUAUCAUAGUACUUAAGAAUUUAAUGUUAAUAUUUAAAUUAAUAGCUAAAAUGUUAAUUUAUCAAUAUUUGUCGGUCAUCUUUGAGAACAAUGAAACUGAUUGCCAUAGCAAGGGCUGUAUUCUUUGUCUGCGCUUUAAUUCAUCUCAUUAAAAAUCUAGGUUUGUCUAAUGAGUGAGAUGUGUGACUUUCAUGAUCUCAGAAAAGUGAGAUGCUUAUGCCUGAUGUAAGCCACACAGUCAUAAGCAUCAGAUUUGAAAUUUUUCUUUUCCACACUUAGUUUUGAAUCUGAACAAAGUUCUAUUGUUGUAGUGCUUUUUUCUUAAUGCUGUGACUUGCUUCACCUUAAAUACACUGUCCAUGUGAGUUGAGGUAUACCUGUUGCUUCCAGUACAGUUGUCAUUCAGCUUUUGGUGCUGUAUGACUUUAGUACCUUUCAGCAAAAUUAUUCAACUAAAUUGUUAUUAUUUGCUACAUUUAGUUGUUUUUCUCAGGGUUUUCCCAUUGUGGGCAUUACCCUUCUGGGUUUUUUUAAAUGAAUUAACAUUAUUGUGCUGUGUUUCAGCAAAAGAAAAAUAUGCAUGCUUAUUCUGUUGAAAUAGAGCAAAGUUGUAAUGGUUUGAAAAUCUGCCAUUCUAUUCAAUUCUGAAUUUGUACCUGGUAAGAAUAACUUCCUGUCUUCUUGUACCACAAAGCUAGGUGGUACAAUCUACAGUUACGGUUUGAUAAUCUGACAAGUUGUUAAUAGCAAUCAUAGCGCUUAAGAAAUUCUUUAAAGAAAACACUAAUACUGACUUCUAACUUAUUACAAGAUAAGUACAAUGAUGCACUUGCCCAGUCUCCAGCCCCCAUCUAGAUCUAAAAAGGAACUGAAUUUCCCUGUUGUUAGCUUUCAUAGUGUGUCACUAUCACCCUGUAACUAGAACUGGAAGAAUACAGUGAUGAUUUAGGACCAAUUUGGGUGGUUUUUUUUGUCACAAACUGAGUGCCACUUCCUUUUUCCACAUGAGCCAAAGUGUAACCUUGUCCUCUUCCAGCAGUAGUGAGGGAAGAUGCAUGACAAGGAGUUUUGGAAGACUUGUUACUCGAGUUCAUGUCGUGAUGUGCUUUUGGGGUUGUGAUACGCUUCUGAACUGGUUUCUUUAGAAGCAGAGUGACUGCUCUGAUCUCCACAUUUUGCUGGAAAAAGAGAUAUUUUAAAUAACAAAGUCUUAUGGAAUUUAUUCUACUGUAUGAGAAGCUUUGUGUCCUCAAUGGGGAUCUUUUUUGUGGAUUCCAACAAAAGAGCAUCUCCUGCAACUCUGCAUUGCUUUCAGUUAAUAGUAAUUUUUUAUUUUUAAUUCAGUCAAAGAAGUUUGCAGUGAAACUGCAAAGAGAUUUUUAUUGGUAUUGUUCUGAAGUUUUUGUCAAGUACUAUCAUUAACAGCUUGUUUUGUCAUUAUUUUCAUAAUUCCCUUAGCAAUAUAACAACAAAAUCAGUAACUACAGCCUAUGCCUUUGAUUUUUUUGGAGCAGGAAGAUGGAACUAGUAGUUCUCUUUACUUGUCACUGUAACAGCUGAAUCUUCCCUGUGUGAAUCAAUAAAAAAAUUGCUUCUUCUGUCAGACUUACCUAUUCAUGUGAGAUUGUAUCACCUUUAACCAAAGAAUAAAGAUCUUAUUUCUUAUUAUUUUAAAAAAUAUAAUUUAUUCUGGCAAAUAGCUAGAGAUUCUAGAAAUACUAGUUAUUUCCUUGAAAGUAUUUUGGAAGAUUAAGAUGCAAAGAGCAGAUUACUUGAAAACAUAGCUUGAAAACUGAGAAUGCUGCUCAUCUAAAUGUGCAUCUUCAAUUCAAAAUGUUUUUUUUCUUACAGACUUUCUAGUCCAUAGGUUGUUGUCAAAGAAUUCUGCGUAUUUAUUUGGUUAUUUUCCCUGUCAUUUUUGAAGAUAAUUAAUUUCUUUUUAUUUUUCCAUUGCAUGAUAACAGGACUUCUUAGGACUUCUUAUUGAGCAUUUUUCCUUGUUUAGUAGAAGACUGUGUUAAAUCUUAUUUUUCUUUAUUUUUCCUGGGGAUGAAAGUUUUUCCCCCUUUUCUUGCCUACAAGUGCUUCUCCCCCACUGUUCUCUAUUAAAUUAAUAGAGAAACCUAAACACUUAGGUGAAUUUAGUGAGCUGAGUAUUUCUUUGUGGCAGCUGUAUUUUGAGGAAUUUUAGAUGUUAACUUUCAGACUAUUUUUCUGUCUUUUCAGGUCUCUGGAUGGCAGACUCUGAAAAGAAAUGCUGUUUUAAGAGGAAGCAAUUCAAGUUUUCUGCAAAGUCUGAGCAUUUAUGUUAUCUGACUGAACUGACAUCUUGACACCAAAGAUGCUAACAAGGAAGAUUAAGCUUUGGGACAUCAAUGCCCAUAUAACCUGUCGUCUGUGCAAUGGAUACCUGAUUGAUGCUACUACUGUAACAGAAUGCUUGCAUACUUUCUGCAGAAGCUGUCUAGUGAAAUAUUUGGAGGAAAACAACACCUGUCCAACCUGUAGGAUUGUUAUACAUCAGAGCCACCCAUUACAAUAUAUUGGUCAUGACAGAACAAUGCAAGAUAUUGUUUACAAGCUUGUGCCAGGCCUCCAAGAAGCGGAAAUGAAAAAGCAAAGGGAGUUUUAUCACAAACUGGGCAUGGAAGUUCCAGGGGACAUCAAAGGGGAGACAUGUUCUACAAAACAGCACCUAGAUUCUCAUCGAAAUGGUGAAACUAAAGCAGAUGAAAAUAUAAAUAAAGAAACUUCGGAGGAAAAACAGGAAGAAGAUAAUGACUACCAUCGAAGUGAUGAACAGGUAAGCAUCUGCUUGGAGUGCAAUAGCAGCAAACUGCGUGGAUUGAAACGAAAAUGGAUUCGUUGCUCCGCACAAGCAACAGUCUUGCAUCUAAAGAAGUUCAUUGCCAAAAAACUCAACCUUUCUUCUUUUAAUGAGCUGGACAUAUUAUGCAAUGAAGAGAUUCUUGGCAAGGACCAUACGCUCAAGUUUGUAGUUGUUACUAGAUGGAGAUUUAAGAAAGCACCUCUACUGCUACAUUAUAGACCCAAAAUGGACUUGCUGUAAGGGAACUUUAUUGUCCUUCUGGACAGAGCUUUUUGCAGAGACUAUCAUCUGGCACCUUCUUAGUGCAUCACUAAUCACAUGACACAAACCAGCUGAAUAAUUUUGGAAGACUGGAGGGCUUUCAUAGUGGGCUGUCCUGAAUAUUUCUUCUAGGGAUGUGUUACCUAGAUUUCUGGGCAGACAAUAUUUAUACUUUUUUUGUACGGAAGAAAGAAGUUUCAACUCAGCAAGACACUACCAGCAUUAAGUUUACAGAUACUGAAAACACUUCACAGUUCCAUGUAGCUCAGCCUGAUUUGUCUCUUACAGUUACACACAGAAAAAAGUUUGAGUGUUGUGGGGUGAUAAAAAUAUGUUGCUUUUGACACCAAGUUGCUUUAGUUACUUCUCGCAUUCUGAAUCUUUAAAAACUAUAUUUUUGCAAAGUGUUAUUGUCUUAUAUAGUAUGCCUGAUUGCAUUGGCUUUAUUCAAGUUAUUCUGUAGAGCAUUGAACAUACCUGAUAAUACAGUGACUGGUGAUAAUUUAUUAUGCUGCAUUGAAAACUUAAGAAAAUCUGGGAAACCAGUAAAUUUGUCAUUUUUGCCCAGUUAUUGCUCUCCCUCACCUUGUGUUUUAAUAAAGUUUUGAUACUUCUGUAUACGUGUUAAUUUGGUAAGACUAAUAGAAAUAAUUUCAGUUGAUUUUAAUGUGCUGUGAUAUAUAUUUUGCUAUGGUAUAAAUUGCACCACGUAAUGACAAAUACUCACAAGUGCUAGAUUAGUGAAUUUCUUAAAAAAUAAACAUUUCUUAUGUAUUUGUGGCUUGCAGAAAUCAGUUUAUAAUUUAGAGAGAAUUUGCUAUGACUAGCUGUUGAAACAGUGGCUCUUGGACAACUUUGGGAGUAUUGCAGAUUUUUCACUUCACUGAUUAAAACUUACAGGCAGCUUUAAAUUUCUUUAGCUGUUUUCUUAUGAAACCAUAGCUUUUUCUGUACUGCAGUUCCAAACUUACAUGGGGUGGGGAGGAAGGGGGAGUCAAGACAAGAUUAUUUUAGCACCUUUUGGCCUUAAAUAGUAAUUUUGCUUGCAUCAGCCCUAAUGGAUGCAAAGUAAUACACAUUAAUAUAUGUAUGGGUACAUACAUCUAUAUACACAUAUAACUAUAUAUGUUAUAGAAAGCACCCUCAGUGGCACUUAGCAGGGCUCACUGCACUUUUUGUAAAGCUUUUGGAAAUAUUUGACUUUUAAAAAACUGUAGUUGAAAGUGAUUUCUGCAAGCUAUAUCCACUAUGUAUUGUCCAUAGUACAAUUGUAAGAACAUGUGUCUGGCGCAGGUGUGAAGUCACUGAACACAGUGUAUGCCCUAUUAUUGCCAGCUGGAAAUAGUUAACCUAAUUUUUGGAAGAGUUUUCCUGUCAGCUGAAAAUGCUAGUUGCUAUUCCUAUUAUUAAACCCUGUUAUUUUUUGAUGAAUUGUCUUUGGAUAAGAAGCCCUGCUUCCUCUUGCUGUGCGCUUUUGCUUCUUCUGCUAGAAAGUGUUACUUAGUAACCGGAAGCUGAUACUGCAAGAGAUUUAUCUAAGCAUUUUAAAUAUUCUUCCUCUUGAGUUUUCAAAGCGCUACAUCCCUCAGCACAUUUCCCUUAAUUUCUCUCUCUGGAGUCUUUAGUUCUCCUUUCCCAGCUCUGCUGCUGCUUGUGCUUACCUUUGACAACAGGGCUCCUUAUUUUUGAUUACAGUCACAGAUGUGAGUUGGAAGGAAAUUAAAAAGAAAUUAUGUAAGCAGAGAAUGAAAGGGAGCCUCCUGAAUUGAGGAGAUGGAAAGGAGAACCACACAAAGGCUGAGAACAUGCUGCUGUCCAUGCGGGUGAAAGUCUUAAGAUAGCUGCAUUUGAAUGUUUAGGUCACACAGAACUCCACAUCUGGUUCUUGUGUGGUGUUUGUGUGCAUGUCUGUGAUUCAUGCAAUCAAAUUUGGCUCCGAUUUUGUCUUGCUGUUUGUGUAUUUUCAUCUUUUUCUCUGUCUUUAGCAUUACUUGAUCUGGCAGAAAAGAACAAACAAGAUCAUGUGUCUACCAUUUUAAAACUUUCCAUGAAAGCAGUCAAUGCAGGUGGUAUGGAUGUGUACACAAGCUGACAAGCUGGGCCUCUCUGGAGCUGUUUCUUACGUGAUUGUUACUGCUCUAGGGUGAAAAAGAGGCUGGCUUUGCCACUGAGGCCCUGAGAAUGUGGAUAGGACUGUAAAGGUCCCAGCUCUGUGCACCCAGAGUAUACACACAGUGGCUGUACCUGAUGUAGACAUUAAACUAAAGCUGCCAGACAGCAUUCUGAUUAACCACCUUAAUCAGAAUAUAUAUAUAUAUAUAUAUAUAUAUAUAUAUAUAUAUAUAUAUAUAUAUAUAUAUAUAUAUAUAUACAAACAAAAAUAUAUAUACAUAUACACAUAUAAAUGAGAUCUGUCUACCUCAAGUGUGUAAGUGUGUGUACUGCAGGAAACUUUUGUAUGACUAGAUAUUGACGCAGUGCUGUUAAAGUACAUUGGGAUUUCAUUUCUUCCUUGUGUACUUAAGCAACUGAGAAAUUAAUAACGAACACACAAAUUCAGAAGCCUUUCAAAUCUAUCUCUUGCUGUAACAACUUACAAUACAAAACUUAUAACUUUAUAACCAUCUUUAGAAUCACUUGAAUUUGUUAUGGUGCUAUCAGUAUAUAGAAAACUCUGUUUAUAUGGAUACAUAAAUUCAAGCCAGUAUUAAUACCUAUAGCUGGGGUUUUUGCUUGUAAUUGUGUGUAACUGCUUUUGCAAUGUGUUUAAUCUGCUAAAACUGCACCAGUAAAAAAAAAAAAAAACACAAAAAAACAAAAACAACAAAAGAAAAACAAAAACAAAGAAAACCAAACAAAAAACCCCCAAACUAACAAAAAACUCCAAAGUUACUCAGUUGUUUUUCUAAAUCACAUGUGAUAACAUCUUCACUACAAAAAUUGCCCUCGGGAGUGGUGUGACUCUGUCUGUACCAUAUGUUAGUCUCACUAAAAGACCACAGUGUAGAGCGAGGUCUUCUUUGGGUCAGAGCCUUGUUUAAUUUCUGUGACACUUAAGAGACAAUUUAUAUCAAGAUUAUAUUGGGUAAAGUAACCCUGAUACUGUUAAAAGUUGAACUAAAAUUUGGACUUGGACAUACAUAUUUCUUAGUCCUAAUGAGAUCGUGGUAGAUGAUUUUGGCUUUUGUGAAGAUGCCAUUACUGUGAAGUAGUUUUUACAAUUUCUUACGCUGGUAAAUAGUUGCAGUAAGGAAGUAUCUUGUUGCAUUAUCCUCAGCAGCAGUGAGACUGAUGAAUCACCUGGGAUUAGAGUCUCAUUAAGUAUACUUUCAUUAAAAAUAAAGAAUUCAGAUAGAAUAUAUAAUAUUGAAUUUAAAUAAGAUUUGGGGGUUUAAAUUUUAACUUUAUAAAAUUAUUUAUUCUAUUUUAAGCCUUCUGUCUUAUUUUACCAUCCAAGUAUUUUUGGUUUUAGUGGUCCAGCUUUAUUUACGGGCAUAUAAAUUGAAAUAGUAAGAUGUUUUUACAAGCUUCUUCCUUUUACAUUGAGUUUGAGUAGCUUUCAUCUGUAUGUUUUUGUUUUGUAUGGAUAAAGAGCAUUACUUAUGCUUUUGUGCAAUAGGUUUGAAACAUGCAUUUAUUAGGCUUAUGUUUAAAUUGUAAAUGUAGCAUCUACUUACCAUUACAUUUAAAAGGAAUGUAGAUGGCUUUUCUCACAUGUUCAAAUGGAGUUUUAUUUGGGGCUGUUAUUUGGGGGUGGGUGUGUGUGUUUUAUGCUUUGUUCCAUUUUUUAUUUUAUGAGUGAAAUGGGGGAUUUAAAAUUUCUGUAAGUACAAGAACUAUCUGUCAGCAAUAUUUUAAAAUAAAUGAUCUUGCAAGAAACCUUAAUGUGAAUUGUGGAAGCAAUCGACAAGACUUGCAGCCUAUCUGAAAAUGUUUUGUGCCAUUGUUAGGUCUGGUAUAUUUGUGUACCAUCACACCUGGGAAUAUUUUUUUCUAUUGUUGUGCAAUAGGAUACACAACACUGUCACUCAGGAGAUAUGGGACCGUAAAAAAUAUCAGACUACAAAUAUGAUGGUGCUAUUUUUUCCAGUAGGCUAUGAGCCUUUGAAAGCUUAUCUGGCUCUUAUUGUCUUUAUAACAACACAGUUCUAGGGGAUUUACAGAUAUUUUUUUUCUACUAGAAGAUAAAUAUAACUUGCUGUUUUACAGCAUUCUGCAUAUUACAUUGAGAUAAAGAUAAUAGGAAAAAGCCAACCAGUCUGUACAUCAGUGAGAUGAAUCUUAGGUACACAUUUUGUACAGAAGGCUUUACUGAACAGAAGAAUCAAGUUUCUGCUUUUCCUCAGGUAAUCACUUCAGUUUGGAUGUUUCACUGAAAACAUUAAUGCAACUUUAGUUAGUCUGCCUAAAGUUGGUAACAGAAAUUGUUCCACACAUGAGUCUCCCUACAUAAGAUACAAUUAGAUGUUACUUGGGUCUUGAGAUCCGUUUUUGAAGAAAAAGUUGCAGAAAACAACACCGAAGAGCAUGGAACAAUGCUUCAAUCUCUGCUCUCAUUAAAACUUGCAGUCAGGACAAAAAUUACCUAGGAACUUGAGUCUUGUGGCAAAUCAACAGGUAAUGUUUUACCUGUUUAUUUACAUACAAAUUAAAGGUAUGACUCUACUAUUUGUUCCAUGUUUUACCCUACUUAGAGUUUUUUUGAAAUCUUUUGAAGCCACAAUGACCUGUUCAUGUCCUGGUGGUAGGGUAUGAACUACUUGUCCAAUUCUAUGAACAUUUACAUUGGUAACUUUACUAAUAACCUGGAUGGUUCCAGAGAAACCAGUGGGAUCAUUCAUUCAAACAGAGGUAUGGCUGAAGGAAGAACUCCUGAGUUUUGAGUACUGAUAUUCCACUAUUUUUGUUAUUUCUGUUUGAAACGGAAAGUAUUGGUUUGAUGGAAUCUUUAAUUCAAGUGACUUAUCUGGACAAAAGGAAAGUUUGUUCUUUCCUUCUGCAAACAGGAUCAUCUUGCAGUUAAGGGACAAUUAGCCAGUGCAACCACUAAGCCUUUUAUCCUCAUAUGUGGCAUAAUAAAGAUUCUGGAACUGUCAGAGUGUAAAACCAUAUUUUUGGCUUAGCUUCAUUUAAAAGUUUACAAUUUUUAAUGCUUUGUGUUGCUGUGUAAUUUCUGUACUACUGGUGGCUAGUUUUGUCUGAAUAAGCCUUUUGGGGAUUAAUGCUUAAUGUUUUGAUUUUAUGAUAGUGAAGCUUGUAUCCAGUGUUUUGCCAAUGAAUAUUAUAUGCUUGUUAAUAAAAGCAGAGAAACUUAA